AUGGCUCCCCGAGGGCCUAGCAAAGCUCGCGAUUAUGAUUAUUCCAAUGUUGGUACACUUGGGAGGCGCACUGGUAUUACUCUGAAGGAAGGCCGGCUCGACGAGCAUGGAAUGGAAGAGAUCGAAGGGAUGUUCUCAUCACCCGAGAAAUCUCCGGCCCAAGAAGAUGGCUUCAACAUCAAUGGAAACGAAACUACGAUGGGCUCGGAUGGUAUGUCAAUGGAUGAGGGAAAUGCACCCGAUCCUUCAGAUUUCCUUAGCGGCGCAAAUAGCAGACGGGGGUCUUACUUCCCACCUCCCGUUGCACGGUCUCCCAUGAAGACCGGUUUGACGGGUUCGCCGCGGAGGACCCCAGGCUUACGAUCUUCCCCUAGCCCGCAACAUGAUGCUCCCUCUUCUAGCCCUUCCGAUGGCAAGGGUCUAGGAAGCGGAAAGGGAGGCUCGCGGAAGGAUGUGUCUCCUCUUACCAAUCGCUCCAUUAAUGCUCCAUCUUCGAAUCACCUGAACGGCACGCGGAGAAAGAACAAGGCAAACAUCAAGACAUCCGAGCCAGCAUUUACGGUAGACUUUUCUGACAGCGACACAAACAGCCAGUUGAAUGGGGAUGAAAAUACUUUUGAACAAAUACGACACGACUUUAUUAACAACUUCGAUGCCGGCGACCAGUCUGUUGUAGGUGCGGAGGAACCCGAUCAAAAUGACCCAGACGAGAAAUCAUUCACAAGUUUGGCGUCGGAUUCUCGCAAAACAGAACAACCAAAGCCCCUUCCCCGGAGCAAGAAGGAUGUAUUGGGCAACAGGAACAAGACUCAACCUACUGCGCAGCUAAAGGAAGCGGAUGAGCAAGAGUCUACGCAGAAGCGCAAGCGCCCUGGAAGGCCCCCAAAAUCCCAGCGCAAAGACGGCAAUGAAGUGAUUGAACAAAGGGCAUUGAAGAAAGCAAAGACUUCGGAUAAAAAACCCCAGGACGAGAAAGUGUCAUUGAACCCCGAAUUGAGCAAGGUUGUUGAGAAUUACGCGGACCGUGCUGGGCCUUUGAAGAAGCGAGGAUUGUAUAUUCUCAAACGUGAAAUACCCACAGAGAGCAGUGCUACCCACACUCGGUCGGGCAGGGUGUCUGUGAGGCCUCUCGCAUACUGGAAAAAUGAACGGUGCGUCUUUGGCGAUGGAGAAGCCGCCGAAGGCCAGCGAUAUCCUCUUUCGACCAUUAGGGAGGUCAUUCGAUCGGAAGAAAUUGAGCCCGAGAAAAAGAAGACAAGUAAACGUCGAUCUUCUAAGAAGUCCAGAUCGAGGAAGAAUAAAGAUGCAGAAUCGGACGAGGAGGAAGAAGAAGAAGACUACGCUGAUCCUUGGGAGAAAGAAGGCGGAGUGCUCCAUGGUUACAUUAGAAAAUGGGACCCGGAGACCCAGGCCGGUAUUGAGGAGGAGGAGGUUCUUGAUAUCGCAUACGCGCCAUCGGGUAUUGAGACUAGGGAUGUUAAGGAUUCUACGUUUCGAUUUGCCAAACUGCUCAGCUCUUCGUUCUUGGGUUCUGGCGUUGUUGAACUUCCCCCUGGAGGCGUGAAGAAACCCAAGAACUCAAAAAAGAUGCAUAUGGUCUUCUAUGUUUGCCAUGGCCGGGUACAGGUUGAUGUGUCAGGCGUGCAAUUCAGCGCUGGAAAGGGAUGCGUCUUUCAAGUUCCGAGAGGCAACUACUACAGUUUCGCUAAUACACAUCAAAACGAUGCCCGGUUAUUUUUCACACAAGGCUGUGUUCCCAUGGAAAACGACGGCUCUGGCCCUGCAUUGGCUUCGAAGUCUAUCCUUAUGGAGGGCGAUUCUCCUGCAGAAGCAAGCCGUACCACUGGUUCUGGGAAGGGCAGACCUAAAGGGAAAGGCAAGCAGAAGGCUGGAAGUAAAUCGAAAGCAUCGUAA